GGCCAUGAGACGUAGUUGAAGUAGCCUUCUAUUUUCACUUGUCCUUUACCAAAAUCCAAUUUGACAGCCAUGGUGGAGCUUUUGGCAACAUUUGGGGCUGCUGCCAAGGAGCUGUUCGACUACAAUCGAGAGAUGUACCAAUUUGAUCAGGGGCAGCGCCUCGACCGAGAAUUGCUGCGACUGGAGAUGCAAAUCAAGCGUUUCCAGUUAUUUCGCGAGGAUGUGCGAGAUCUAGUGGAGUUGACCGUGGCAAAGAUGGAGAUGUACCAUGUGGUUGGAGCUCUGGUGUUGGAAUGCACGGUGAUCUAUUACACAGAGGGAAGGAUUCGGACCUCUGCACCGCCGUUUUUACUGGGUUUGUACUGGCUUUCUGCAGCAGGGACUUUCACCUACGUGCUCCUUUGUGUAUGGUUCAGCAUGUACGCAUCCAUAUCUUCCCACAGUUUCGGAGUUCGACUCUUGACACGCUUUGUCCGCUUACCCAUCCCUGGCAGCCAACAGAUGUCUGCAAUGAAUGCGCGCCUUACUGACUUUGAACGUCAAGGAGGAAACAUUAUGCGUAUUCCCUUCAUGCAGGGAGUUCCGCAGUGGCAGCAACGCAGGAAAGAUGCGGGGAAGAAUCCCAGUUCCACUGGUCAGGGUGAGGGCGACGAUGAGUACCUCACUGCCGUGGUGAAGCCUGGUGAGAUGAAGCAACAGGAUCUUUUGGAGUCUGGCGUGCCUGGCUACGCGGAUGACGAAGGUGUUUUGCAACAGGCAGCUGUGAACCUUCCUGGUAAACACAUCAAACUAUUUCGGGAGCUGCAAGCAAAGUGGCAGUGCUAUGAUGCUUAUGCCAGGGUCUGCAUGUCCUUUGGGGUGAAUCACAUUUGCAUGACAAUGUCGUACUACAUGAUUGGAUUGACAGUCUUGGAGUAUCGCUCGCCAUCAAUCAUGUUUGCUCUGGUGACGGUCUUCCAGGCUACAAACCUGGCCCUAGCGUGGUUGGAUGUGGCUGGCCUGAAGCGAAAGACAACAACCUUCCUUGAGUUCAUUGGAGCAGUGCCACCUUUCCUCACAUGCUUUUGCAUGGCAUGCGCGCCAUACGAGGAAGCUGGGCGAGGUCAAUUUGAUCCUGAACACGAGUUUCCCUAUGCCAGCGUCUCUUUCUUCAUUACUGCAAUAUGGUUGGAAGGGCUCCUGCAUCUUGCUUGGCCAAGCGAAGAUUUGGCAAUGCUGCCGAAGCGUUUUCGGUCGGUGCUAUUUUUGGAUGUCUUUGGAAUGGCAGAUGACGUAAAAGCUGGAGAGGACACAAAUGCAGGUCAACCAUUGGUUGAGAUUAGCAGAGAGGAUGCUGAAGCUGCCGACGAGGCGCUCAGUUUGGCCGAGGCAGCUGUGAGAAGAUGGAAUGCCCUGCCAAUGGGAACCGAAGAGGCACAGAAGCAUCAGGCAGAAAUCCAGCGCCUUUAUGCACAAGCCUUCACGUGGCGUAAGGUUUUGAAUGGAGAAGCUGCAAAAAGAGCAGCUGCACGUGGGGACUUCCACGAGUUGGACUUGCUGGAGCCUGAUAUGCGGAGUUGGAACCGACUCACUGAGGAAGAGAAGGAAGAGGAUCCAUUUGCAGACUCCCUACUGGGACCAUUUGUGAAUCAACACAAUGAGACAUACUACUAUCAUUUGGAAAGCAUGGAAUUUGUCUGGAAACCGGAAGAUGAUCAGGGUGUGCUUAGUCUUACACAGGUAAGCACAUUAGUGAAAGAUGCAGAGCAAACUGUGACGGACCUUUUCCAUGGCAGGGAAGAUUUGAUACGAAGUGAGGACAGCGAUCUGGAACUUAAUACAAGAACAAUGAUUGUGGAAUCCUGCUUCUAUGUUCUGCGAUGCUGCAACAAGCGGAGAAGACCAAUGGAGCGAGAACGACGAUUGCCUUGGCGAGUUCUCUUGUCUGUGACCAGGGUCAGCCAACUCAGCUGGCUCCUCCUCGGACUUUCCAUUCUUGGCCAAAAUACAGGUUUGCUGCCAAAAUUUGACCUGGUUGUUGAGAAGAGCAAAGAGGAGAUGGAGAGUUCAGAGAGUUCUGAACACAAAGAUGGAGAGUCUGAAAGGAGGUUGCAAGCAGAAGAUUGGGAUGUUUUCUCCAUGAACGGUUCAGCUUUGCCCAAAGGUCUAGUCUCUGCAAUGUCUUGCCAUCCAGCUUCUGAAGGCUGCAAUUUGCAUUUGACCACGCGAGUGAAAACUGAUGGGAGCUCAUCAGUUUGGAAUGCCUCAACAUUCGCCAGUACGACGGUUUCCUUCGAGGCUGCAAAGAAUAUCAGCCUGUCGUCGAUUUCGUCUUCAAUACUGUGCCCGGACAAUGAGGCUCUUGACCCUUGCUUCCUUGAUGUGGUUGGUGAUGGCCUCAAGCUGAGAACUCAGAAGGAGGACUUGGAGGUAAGUGCUUCGUUGAUGCCGGACGUUAGGCUCAUGCAAAAGAUCAGCGGUGCAGUGCUGCGAUGCAAGAUCCUAAAACUAGGUGAAGACAUCUCUGGCUCUGAAUGGUGCCUUUUGUUUGCAGGCUGGGAUGGACGACGUUUGCCGGUUGCUGUGGUACCCUUUCCCCAAAGUUUGGGCAAUGGUGCCAAGGCCACCACCAGUGUAUUGCCGUUGUUUGACCUCUUGGCCAACACCAUCCCUCAACCAUGUUUGGCUGAAAUUUCAAGCCUUUCUAUGGAGGCAAACACCGGAAAACUUUUGGUCCUAUGGUCGAAUGGCAUUUUGGAUGCUUUCGACUUGUUGAAAGGCCAUCAUCUUGGUUCCUGGAGACCACCGUGGCAACCUCGCUCAGUGUCCUUCAACACCCAGGGCCAAGCGUGCAUGGAGCAAUGCUCCUUGCAGGCAAGCCCGGAGCUGUGGAAAGCCCUGGGGCGGCUGAAGAAGGUCAAUGCCAUGGGCUGCGGAGUACCGCGAUGAGCACAAAAACGAAGAGCGGAGCAGCGGAGCCGUGUGCAGUGAGGAUUUGUUGAAGAGUCUCACAGACACACUCCCCACCCACUCCCC